UCUUCUCCAGACCAGAUGGUGGCAGUAAGUAUUAUUGCUACUUUGCCGUAUCAAGCAGUGCAACAAACCCGGAGGAAGGACGCUAGUGCACUAUUUGUUUAGGUGACGCAGAUGUCACAGUCAGCGCAGCCCGGCGUGAUGCCUUCAGCCCCGGACUCCCCAUCUCUGAGCGUGACCGUCAGCGGGAAUGUGCAGAAAUACAGCAUCAAGAAGAAAAAGGUCUUAAAUGCGGAGGAGACUGAGCUGUUCGAGCUCACUCAGGCUGCUGGGAUAGUCAUGGACCAAGAGGUUUUCAAGAUCAUAUUGGACCUGUUAAAGAUGAACGUUGCUCCUCUGGCAGUCUUUCAGACCCUAAAGACCAUGUGUGCGGGGCAGAAGGUCUCUGAAACAUCCACUGGUGACACAUCCACUUCGUCUCACACCGCCACUGCACCUUCAGAGUCUAGAGCUUGGUUCUCUCAUCCUUUUUUUAAUCCUGAUGCUUGCGAGUUCAAGGUCUUCUCUUCACUCCCAUGAACUAUUGCAGUACAUUUCUCAUGCUGACAUAACUAAUUCCUGCCUCAGCUUAAUAGUGCCGUAUAUCUGUUCUCAUUCUCAUGCCUCGUCGAUUGUGCCUGCGAUUUGCGGGCUCAAUGCUCCGAAUAUAGGGGUGAAAUGCCCCAGAUCUGCUUCCUUCAUGUGUCUCAUGGACUCUGUGACUCUCAUCCAGCUAUAGAGUCCUCUGCUUCUCAUGGUAAAUGAAUGUCUGUUAAUGGUGUGUGUCAAAUGUGACACUGUAAUGCACUAGUAAACCAGCAUCCUGCUAAAUUUUCUAUCACCAACACUGAAAAGCAUGCAUGUGACUGUCAACUUCAUAAAUGGAUGGUGUUUGCCACUUCAUCACUGAUUUUUACACUGAAUACAACUGAUUUAUGUCACCUUAUCUAAAUAAUGUCCCUCAUAUGUGACCUUCUCCAUCAUUUUGAGUCAUUUUGACACAGAAACACACUUUUCAGUUUUAUGCAAUGAAUAAAAGUUUUAGU